CGUCAAUCAAAGUGUCUUUGUUUUGAUUUUGUCUCGGAAGGAUAUAUUUGGAAAAUCUUUCGAAAAAAUGGAAAAAUUAGCUAAUCAAAUUGGUUAUUUAGUCAUGAAGGAAGAUGGAGCAGUUAUAGAAUCUGGAGGAGAAUUACAAAAUGAUGAAAGAAGUGCCAAUAUUUUUUUAGAUUUUAUAAAUCUAACUGAAAGUGUCGAUGAAAACUUCAUGCCAAACAGCAGCUGUGAACGUAUUUCCAUUGUGUACGAAGACCACAGCUACAACAUCUGUAUGUCUAAUAGACGUAUCUAUAUUGUGAAACUGCGUAAUGGUUCAGCAGCUGCUGUAAGGGGAGUUGUUGGAGGAGGUGUUUUAACCGGCUCUAAUAUAAACGGGAAUGGCAUAACAAAUAAUGCUGUGUUCGUGGAUUCUGACGGUACAUUGGGUACAACGGCAGCGUUAACUUGAGAAUCCUCAAGCGCUGUCUGUUGCGCUUUCUGCGCCCAUAGCUUUCGACAGCGCAGUCCCACGGACAGUGCUUGCAACCCUUCCAAGGAUCGGACUAGACGUUUUAAUUGGAAAACACCGUUUAUUUAUUUAAUUAUAUUGUUUAUUUGUCAGCGAAUACACCAUCUUUAAUUUCUUGUUCAAAAA